AUGAAGUUUUACGCUGUUGGGAUUGCCACUGCGCUGCAGUUGGUGUCCCAGGCUUCGGCACAGGAUGGGAAUCCCAGCCCUUCUGAUCUCGAGAAUUACUGGUCUUAUGGCCGCUCAGAGCCAGUAUCAAAUACACCUGUUGCAAAGGGCCUUGGCGAUUGGGCCGAUGCCUAUGCGAAAGCCCGACACCUCGUCUCCCAAAUGACCGACGAAGAGAAGAACAACGUCACAUACGGACACGAAUCGACAACCACUGGCUGCUCAGGCGUUUCUGGUAGUGUUCCCCGAUUGGGAUUCCCCGGGAUAUGCUUUCAAGAUGCUGGCAAUGGCGUUCGCGCUGCUGACAUGGUCAACUCAUACCCUGCCGGCAUCCACGUUGGUGCAUCUUGGAACAAAGAGCUUGCCCAUUCACGCGCAGAACACAUGGGCGCAGAGUUCAAGAGGAAAGGUGCAAAUGUGGCACUGGGACCCGUUGUAGGGCCGGCAGGCAGACUUGCUUCGGGGGGUCGCAACUGGGAGGGAUUUGGAAGCGACCCUUACCUCUCAGGAGCCCUUGCCGCCGAGUCUGUCCGUGGCCUGCAAGAGAAUGUCAUUGCGUGCGUCAAGCAUCUCAUUGCCAACGAACAAGAGACUAGUCGCAACACUCCCCAGUUGUUGAAAGACUCUCAUAACCAGUCUGUCUCAUCGAACGUCGAUGAUAAGACCAUGCAUGAGCUGUAUCUCUGGGGUUUCCAAGACACUGUCAAGGCAGGCGCUGGAUCGGUGAUGUGCAGCUACAAUCGCAUCAACAACAGCUAUGGUUGCCAGAAUAGCAAAGUCAUGAACGGACUACUCAAGGGAGAGCUCGGUUUCCAGGGCUUCGUGGUCUCGGAUUGGACUGGACAGCAGACCGGUAUUGCCAGUGCCAAUGCGGGUCUGGACAUUGCUAUGCCAGACUCUCAAUUCUGGGAGAACAAUACCUUGGUCAUCGCUACUCGCAACGGCUCAGUGCCACAAUUCCGACUUGAUGAUAUGGCAACGCGUAUUCUUGCGUCGUGGUACAAACUUGCUGAAAUCCCGAACCCUGGCCAUGGCAUCCCAAAGAGCCUGCUGGCACCUCACAAGCAAGUUGAUGCCCGUGAUCCCAAGUCAAAGAAGGUUAUCUUGCAGUCAGCAGUCGAGGGUCAUGUUUUGGUCAAGAACACCAACGGCGCACUGCCCCUUCAGAAACCCAAGUUCCUGUCGCUCUUUGGAUACGACGCUGUUCCUCCUACUCUGAAUACUAUGGAUGACAGCUCGCUUGGAGGCUGGGCUCUGGGUCUUCAAACUGCCCUGACCUACCCCAAUGGUAGCUCAGUGAGUAAUGUUACGGAGCAGGCUAUGUUCCUGUCAAGUACAGACCCUACCAACCGUGGCCCAGGUGUCGCCUUCAACGGCACUCUCUAUGCUGGAGGCGGCUCUGGCGCCAGCACACCAGCCUACAUAGAUGCUCCUCUCCAUGCCUUUCAGCGCCAGGCCUACGAUGACGACACCUUCCUGGCUUGGGACCUGGCCUCAUUGAACCCCUUCGUGAACCCUGCCAGCGACGCCUGUCUCGUCUUCAUCAACGAAGCAUCAUCCGAGGGCUGGGACCGACCUUAUCUGGCAGACCCAUCGUCCGACCAGCUCGUCAAGAAUGUUGCCGCCAAGUGCCCGAACACAAUGGUGGUCAUCCACAAUGCGGGUCUGCGCCUUGUCGACGAGUGGAUUGAGAACCCCAACAUAACGGCCGUUCUGUAUGCUCAUGUCCCGGGCCAGGAUAGUGGACGGGCGCUGGUGGAGGUCAUGUAUGGCAAGCAGUCGCCUUCUGGUCGACUGCCGUAUACUGUUGCCCGCAAGGCGUCUGAUUACAAGGGGCUCCUUGAGCCCGUUGUCGCGUCUGGUACAAUGGAUGAAUUUUACCCCCAGUCGAAUUUCUCUGAAGGCGUUUACAUCGACUACAAGGCCUUUAUCCAGAACGACAUUCAGCCGCGCUUCGAGUUCGGUUAUGGAUUGACAUACUCGAACUUCUCUUACUCCGACCUUGAAUCUGGCGUCAGCUCUAGCACCGAUCUGGGGUACCUCCCUAGUGGUGUGAACAUGACAAUCGCGGAAGGUGGAUAUGAGGCACUCUGGGAUGUCGUUGCUAGAGUGAAUUUCACCGUUCAGAACACUGGCAAAAUUUCCGCUGCAGAGGUUGCUCAGCUCUAUGUUGGUAUUCCCGGAGGUCCUCCGAAGGUGCUCCGUGGAUUUGAGAAGAAGAUGAUUGAGUCUGGGAAAGAGGAACAUUAUUCGUUUGACCUGACGCGCCGCGACCUGAGUCACUGGGAUGUGGAGAAGCAGGCCUGGGGACUUCAGGCUGGCAAGUAUUCCAUUUACGUGGGCAAGAGUGUUCUCGAUAUCCAGCUGCAUGGAACCUUGGAUCUCUCCUAG